AUGAUCAAGACAUUCCCGCUCAGUUCCCGGGCUAAAACCACCGCUUUGAAACAGCCCAAGGAGCUCUUUUGCUACUCGAGAGACAUAAAUGGUGCCUACGAGUACGACACUGAUAAGGCAGUUACCCAAUUGAGCCACUACUAUUUUCCAGAUGCUGAAAUAGAUAAAGGUGUGGAUUUAGGAGCAGGCUAUAAAGACUUCAAGAAGAUCCCAGAAGCUGAGAACUUGGGAGAUUUUGAAUCGCUUUUGAAAAGUAUCUUACAACAUGAAAAGAAAACUGGUGAAAAAGUGUCGGCAGACAUCGUUACGUUUCGAGGACUUAUGACAAAGCUUUUGGCACUUCCUUACAAUUUGAAAGAUCCAAUAAACUUGUAUGCCGCCGUCUUUGAUGGGCAAAUCUUCAUCAAGAACGACGACGAAUUGGAGUUGAAAAGACGUCAGUCACAACCAUCGGAUCCUACAAAGAAAGACUAUAUGGACCGAUGUGAAUAUUCCGGCUACAAGUUCGAGGCGGUAACAACAUUACCCAAACCAUGGGCAGAGUGCUCAAGGCUGGAAAUUGAAAAGAGAAAUAUUCGGGUUGUCAAUAAUUAUGAACAGUUUAUAUCGGUGGUGCGAACCGGUAUCGGCAAAGUCAAGCUUUUAUUGGCAGGUGAAGUCGAUUGUUUAUGGGACUACCGUCCACAAGAUGGCAAAAAGGAUCCUCUUCCUCAUUACGUGGAGCUCAAGACUUCAAGAGUCAUAGAAACUCCUGGUAACAUUGUCACUUUUGAGCGAAAAUUGUUUAAAACUUGGGCACAAAGUUUUUUAAUAGGGAUCCGCAAGAUUGUUUAUGGGUUCCGAGACGACAAUCUUAUUUUGAGGUGUGUGGAAAUGUACUCAACAGAGGAGAUACCGAUUUUGCUCAAAAAAAAUCAGGUUACUGAACCCAGUAAGAAAAUAGUAUGCAUGAAUGCUCUCAAAUGGUACGGAGCCGUUGUCGAAUGGCUCACAGAAGUGAUACCCACAAACGAAAAUGGGGCGUAUCGUAUAAGUUAUGACCCGGGAUCACGUUCUUUUUCAGUCGCUGAAUUGAUUGGAGAUGAAAAAUCAAAGGCACAAGCUAUGAUUACUAGCGAGUUUAAAGACUGGCGAAAAGAGCUUUCAGAAAAAGAGAAGGAAGUGAAUGACGAGAAGGAAGAAUAA